AUGAAAAAGGCAGGUAGCAGAAGUCAAGCAUAUGCUUCUAGCCAAGAAGACAGUGAAAAUGAUAGUGAUGAAACUGAAUGCAGUAUUGGUAGUAAUUCAACAGCUGGUACUCAUCGCAGUGAUACACCUACUCGUAGCGCUCGUUAUAGAAGAAAAGGUCGACGUAGAAGUAAAACAACAAAAUAUAAACCAUGUACGGACAAACCCCUUUACAGAUAUUGUUGCAGUGUUAAAGAAGAUCAUGGACAACCAUUAUUUGGGGUACAGUUUAAUCACCAUUUGAAAGAAGGUGAACCAUUGAUAUUUGCUUCAGUGGGAAGCAAUCGAGUAAGCAUUUAUGAAUGUCCAGAAGGAGGAAAUAUUAGAUUACGUCAAUGCUAUGCAGAUCCUGAUCCAGAAGAAAAUUUUUAUACUUGUAUUUGGACUUAUGAUGAUUCUGGAAAACCUCUUUUAGCAGUUGCUGGAUCACGUGGUGUUGUAAGAGUUAUUAGUCCUGUAACUAUGACUUGCAUCAAACAUUAUAUUGGACAUGGUCAUGCAAUAAAUGAAUUAAAAAUUCACCCUAGAGAUCCAAAUAUAUUACUGUCAGCAUCAAAAGAUCAUGCUCUUAGGUUAUGGAAUAUAAAAACUGAUGUAUGCAUAGCAAUAUUUGGUGGUGUUGAAGGUCAUAGAGAUGAAGUUUUAAGUGCUGAUUUUGAUUUGAAAGGAGAACGUAUUAUUUCAUGUGGCAUGGAUCACGCUUUGAAAUUAUGGUCUUUGGAUAAAUCAGAUAUGCAAGAAGCAAUAAAACAAUCCUACUAUUGCAAUCCUAGUCGUAAUGGAAGACCUUUUGAUUCAAUAUUGCAACAUUUUCCAGAUUUUACUACACGCGAUGUUCAUCGUAAUUAUGUUGAUUGUGUUAAAUGGUAUGGUGACUUCAUCUUAAGUAAAUCUUGUGAAAAUUGUAUUGUUUGUUGGAAACCAGGGCGUCUCGAAGAUUCUCAAUUACGUAACGGAGAAACAAGCGCCACAGUUUUACAUAGAUUUGAAUUUAAGGAAUGUGAUAUAUGGUUUAUACGAUUUUCAAUGGAUUUUUGGCAACGUACGAUAGCUUUAGGAAAUCAAGUCGGUAGAACAUAUGUGUGGGACUUAGAAGUUGAUGAACCUGGCCAAGCACGCUGUUACUCACUUCAACAUCCUAGAUGUACUGCACCUAUACGCCAAACUAGUUUAAGCAGAGAUGGUUCAGUUUUAUUAUGUGUUUGUGAUGAUGCUACUGUAUGGAGAUGGAAUCGUGAACACUAAUGUUUCCAUAAUAAUUCAUAAAAUGGUGCCUUUAUAUUUACAUAA